AUGUCAAGCGAAUCGCAUCGCCCGCACAGAACCCUUGAGCGACUUCCCGAUGGCAGUCCUCGAUUUCAUGGGUGCUCGAGAAUCCAAGAGUAUGAAUACCUGGGCAAACUAGGAGAGGGUACUUUCGGAGAAGUGUCAAAGGCGAGAUCAAAAAAGACCGGACAGUUGGUCGCUCUGAAAAAGAUUCUGAUGCACAACGAGAAGGAUGGAUUUCCCAUCACCGCUUUACGCGAGAUCAAACUCUUGAAACAGCUAGACCACAUCAACAUUUUGAAAUUGGAGGAGAUGGCUGUCGAGCGACCCAAGAAUGCGAGCAAAAAGCCGAGCAUGUUCAUGGUCAUGCCGUAUAUGGACCAUGACUUAUCUGGUCUACUCGAGAAUCCCGACGUGAAUUUUUCGGAGGCACAGAUCAAGUGUUAUAUGAAACAACUUCUUGAAGGCUGCGCUUACCUCCACGAGAACAAGAUCCUACAUCGAGACAUGAAGGCUGCGAAUCUCCUGAUCAACAACAGAGGCAUUCUACAAAUUGCUGACUUUGGUCUUGCACGCCCAUACCACGAUGACCCACCGCGGCCUGGUCAUGGAGGCGGCGAGGCUACACGAGAGUACACUACCUUGGUAGUCACGCGUUGGUAUCGACCGCCCGAACUCCUUCUGCAACUCCGCAAAUACACAACCGCGAUCGACAUGUGGGGGGUCGGUUGCGUUUUUGGCGAGAUCUUCAAGAAAAAGCCUAUUCUGACAGGCAAUACGGAUCUCAACCAGGCUCAGAUCAUCUUCGAACUCGUUGGUUCUCCCACUGACGAAACAAUGCCAGGGUGGCGAGAGCUUCCCGGCUGCGAUGGCAUCACGGAAUUCGAACCCAGACAGCCUACACUCAACCGCGUAUUCCGCGAACUGCCUCCCCUUGCGCUUUCGUUAUUAAGUGAAUUCUUGAAGCUCGACUGGCGAAAGCGAAUAAAUGCAAUCGAUGCAUUACAACAUCCUUAUUUUCACACAGAGCCACUACCUGCCAGGCCUAGCGAUCUACCAACCUUUGAGGAUUCUCACGAAUUGGAUCGUAAGAAGUUCCGAGAUCAGAAACAGAAGCCUCCUCCUGCACCGGCCGGUGGGUCGGUGGGUAUUGCCUCACAAGGUGAAUGGAGUCUCCAUGGACGUCCUCCUCCUCCUCACGAAAAUCGAGGACCGCCUGGCCCUCGGGCUCCUGGAGGCCGACCCCAUGCUAACGGCUAUGGGCACCAAGGCCAUGGUCGUCGACAUCCACCUCCUGGACAAAAUGGACGCCAUGGAGGCAACGAUCGCCGUGGGCCACCUCCUCGAGAUGUGCCGCCGUAUGAUCAGCCGCACCGUCUCCCUUACGACGAGGGCUAUUCUCGACGACCUCCGAUGGAGCAUGGUAUGCCACCGCGCCAACCAGUUCACGAGAACGAGCAAUACCGAUACGGCGGAACAGAUGUGCCACCUCACCGAGAUGACGGUCGUGGCCUUCCACCGUCACGGUCUAGAGUACCGGGAGCGCCCAGCAAUGCACCCCCGGCAGACAAUCGACGCCCUGUUGACGAUCGCGACACCUAUAUCCCGCCAUAUUCCAGUGCAGACUCUCAGCAACGGCCACCACAUAUGAAGGCUCGCAGAAGAGAUGACCGGCCUCCGUUCAGAGACGGCCACUAUCCUCACGGACCACCAGACUAUGGCGAACCUCUUCGAUAUGACGACAGUAGCGCGCCAGGCCCAGAUCGUGAAAGAGGACGAUUGCGAGAUAUUGAGAGCAUGCCUAUGCCGCCACAAGGUGGGACCUACGAAAGAGAACGAGAUCGAAGACCGCGGAGUAGAAGUCCCGUUCCAAUGAGAGAUUGGGAAAGAGAUGCGCAUCGAGACAGGAGGGACCGAGACCGAGAGUGGGAAAGAGAACGGGAGUACCGAGAUCGCGACCGAGGGUACGGCAUGCAAGAUCCGUAUCGUCGAUAG